CCAGGAAUGCCUCCUCGGCCUCCGGCCUUAAUUAAGCCCCCUCUCCAGCUUGAUCAGUCGCGACGGCAGCUUGCGGUUUAGAGCUGGUGGGGAGGGCUGUCAGCUGGCGUGACGUGAGGGAGGGGACAGCAGCGCAGCGGCGGCCGGCGAGCGAGCGGCGAUGGCGGCGGCGGGGAAGGCCAGGGUGGUGGUGGUGGGCGGCGGCGUCGCGGGGUCCCUCCUCGCCAAGACCAUGGAGCGCCACGCCGACGUCGUCCUCCUCGACCCGAAGGAGUACCUGGAGAUCCCCUGGGCUGAACUGAGGUCAACGGUCGAGCCAUCUUUCGCUGAGAGAUCUUUGAUCUAUCACAAAGAUUACCUCACCGAUGCGACCAUCGUGACAUCCUCUGCGGUCGAUAUCACUAAAGAUGCUGUCCUGACUGCUGACGGUCAAUCUCUUCCAUAUGAUUACCUCGUCAUAGCGACUGGCCAUGCUUUGACUUCUCCUGGCAGCAGAGAUGACAGGGUCAAAGAAUUCCAGAGAGAUAAUCAGAAGAUAGAAUCAUCAGAUUCUGUGUUGAUAAUUGGGGGUGGUCCAACUGGGGUUGAACUAGCUGGAGAGAUUGCUGUAGACUACCCGCAGAAGAAGGUGACCCUUAUCCAUAGAGGACCACGUCUACUCGAAUUCAUUGGAGAGAAGGCUUCAAGGAAGUCUCUUGAUUGGCUGACUUCGAAGAAAGUAGAUGUGCUUCUUCAGCAAUCAGUUGACUUGGGGUCACUAUCAGAUACAGAAAAGGUCUACAAAACAUCAGGUGGAGAAACAAUAACAGCUGAUUGCCACUUUGUGUGCAUUGGCAAGCCACUGAGUUCAUCGUGGCUAAAUGACACCAUCCUGAAGGAAUCUUUGGAUAACAAGGGGAGAGUAAUGGUGGAGAAGGAUCUACGAGUGAAAGGUUAUAACAACGUUUUUGCUAUUGGUGACAUCACAGAUAUUCCUGAAAUCAAACAAGGGUACCUCGCCCAGAAGCAUGCGCUGCUGGUGGCAAAGAACCUGAAAUUACUGAUCAAGGGUUCUCCUAACACCAAACUGUCAACUUACAACACCGGCUUUCCGUUGGCACUGGUCUCUCUUGGAAGGAACGAAGGGGUGGCUCAGUUCCCGUACCUGACAAUCAGUGGGUGCUUACCAGGCAAGAUCAAAUCCCGGGAUCUAUUCAUCAGCAAGACGAGGAAGCAGAUUGGCCUGAAUGGUUGAAGUCAUCCAUGGAAGCAUGAAAUUGAAACUGCUUGUGCCCUGGUUUUCAGACAAGGAAACGAAAUUACUUCAAACAGAGAAUGUGCUGUGCUGAUAUGCCCUGUAUUUGUGCCAGUUAAGUGUGAUUGUGUGGUUGCCUGAAUGGUGGUGAACAAAGUGUAUGUUAUAUGCAUGUCUGAAUGGUGGUGAACAAACUGUUGUUAUGUGCAUGCCUGAAUGGUGGUGAACAGAGUAAAGUGUAUGCUAUAUACAUGUAUACAAGGACCCUUUUGGUUCAAAACAAUGUCGUGUUUAAUCAAUAAGCACAUUUGUUUCUUGGCAA